AUGCCACGCAUUGACUAUGCAUACUAUGAUCUCUACGUUGCCAUCUGCAAGUCGGAACCUCCAUACCCCAUUCACUGGAUUCUUCUGCUGCACCACCCAGGUGCUGUCACAUGCACAUACUUCCAUUCCAUUGGAGCUCCUGGCUCUUACGAGCUUGCUAUUGAGCCCAACAAGAGAUUCGACAGCUGGAGCUUUGAGAGCAGGAACUUUCUGGCUCGCAUUCCUGCCUCCGCUGGUGCCAUAGUCGAGGACCAAGCCUUCUCUGUCCCAGCGCAAAGCUGCCAAUGCUGGGCAUCGUAUAUGAUUUAUAGACUGCAGCUACUGGGCCUGAUUCCUGAAGGCACCUAUGAACACUGGCGGGACAAUCAUAUGACCUCCCGUCGCGAGGAUAGGGGCCCCGGCUGCCUGUGUAAUACGUAG